CGUCACACGACGGUUGAUUCACAAAUGGUCCAGUGGGACCUAAGGCUCCUUUUCUAGCGCGCCUUCGUGUUUAAACAUAACGGAAAUAUUCCACGCGACAUGGCGUUCAGCCGGCGAGAAUUGAAAAUCAUUUCGAUUAUUCAACUGGCAAUGGCAGUUAUCUUCUUUGCAUUCGGCAUCGUGGACUAUUUUGAAGUACGCUACGUACACAUCAGCUUUUUGUUCAUGGCAUGUUGGAUCGCAGCUCUCGUAUUGCCAGCGGGAAUUAUGGGAUUGAUUGUGGCGACCAGGACCAGACGCUCCUCGAUUCUGAUAAACUGGCUCUAUUCAAUAAGUGUUGCAUCUGUUGUGGUUUGUGCAGUGGUAGUUGAAUUGUAUUCAUGGGCUCUGAUAAUUGUAUUGUGGUUCAAAUAUUAUGAUUAUCGUCAAAGCAACUAUGAAGAAGGUAAUCCUUACUUUUGGACUAAAGACGCAAAAAUCAAGUUUGAAGACCAGGAAAACACCAUGAUAGCCAUACAUGCCUUGAUUGUCAUAUUUGCCAUCGCUGAGAUCAUUCUCGCCGUGGCGAUGGCUCGGAGCAGUGAUGCUGGGCGUCAGUCGCCCCAGGAAAAUCAGUCAUACUAUGAAUAUCAUCAAAUGGGAAACGAACAAGUACCGAUCCAAAUGCAGCCUUUUCCACAACAAGCUAUGGUGGCCAUUCCGAUUACUGGAGCCAACUAUAUGAGUGGUGGCAUCCAGCACCCUCAGCGCAUGUAGUGACGGAAAGUUUGUCUGUUUGCUCCAUGACCGAGUAUAGUCGCUUAUAAAAAUAUUAUAUUUAGCACUUAAACUUUAAACCUUAUCGAUUAUCAACGAUAAAGCUGCGAUCUCGUGGUAACAACUAACGCAACGUAAUGUAACGUAACGGAAAGCAGCUGAAAUGUAAAGCGAAUAAAUUGUAUCCUGACAGGGCUUCAGAAACCAUCAUGUAGAGAACAUGGAGUAGCAAAUAACAUUGUUGCGGCUACUUCACACGAAGAUGUCGCCUGGGUUCCCUUUUGGACAUCUAAGUUCUCGUGCAUGCGCGGUGGCAGCAUCUUCGAUCGUUGCCAUGAGGUAUCGUUCGUUUUUCCCAAUUUUUGGCUUAACGUUGCGUCAAACAAUGUAUCAUUUAGUGAGUGUUUUCUCGAAAGACUUGGAUUAAACCAUUGAUUUAACAUGGUUGGUCACCGUUCGCGGAAACCAACAUGUUGUUGAAGAAAAAAAA